CACGGUGGCUCAAGGCUCAGGGCUCCCGAAGGCCCCCGACCAGGAGCCCUGCCAAGGGUGGGGUGCCGUCUUCUCCCACUCUCUGCACCAUCUUCCGCUCGUUUUCCGGCCGCCCUCAGUCCGGCGGCAUGGCGUGCAGGCAUGCGGCCUGCCCGUUCUUCGGCGCACUCCCGGCAAGUGCCGACGAGCAGGGCCGAUGCAGGCGCUGCGGCCAGGCGCUACCCGGCGCUGAUGCUGCCGCCGCUACGGCGGCUGGGCCGCCGCUGCCGCCAGGGCUUUCAGCUCCAGGGGCUGGUGCUGCGCCGGCGGCGAUCCCCAGCAUGACGGCUAGCGACAUAAUGAGCACCGAGGCCAGCGGCACCGGCGCCACGCAGGGCAUGGCAGCCCUGCAGGUGGAGGCGACUACGGGUUCCGAGAUGUACCAGCUGGAUGCCAUCGAGGUCGACGACGAGGACAUCAGGAGGACGGUUGCCGCUGCUGCUGCUGCUGCCGUGCCCGCUGCGGCAUCUCCUAUCCCGGCUGCGUGGCUCCAGGAGGGCCUGUACCUCACGAAGCUCACCAGCGAGUCCAGCGCAGCCGCGCGCUGCAACCUGCUGAGGAAGCUGCGUGCGCGGGCCUGCAUGGAGGACGGCCCCUUCUCGCCGCCGUCCGCCCCGCUGGUCCGCCGGGUCAGCGACCCGAGGCUGCCCAGCCGGCAGGUCAGCCCCGCCUCCGACCGGCAGGUCAGCCCCGCCUCCGACCAGCAGGUCGAGAUGAGGACGAACGUGCCACUGUGAGACCGAGGGGGGAGACGGCCUCGCGCGGCGUGCAGUGGUCGUGUUACCUCGUCCGCACGCGUGCCCCGUCAGACGUGAGAUGACGUUCGCGCGGCGAUGUGCCGACGUAGGCGCGACGUCACUCCGACGUGAACCCGACGUAGAUGGGGUCUCAAGAUGCUGCGCGAGGCCGCCAGGAUUUUCCUUAUCAGGCGGAGUGUUUCAUUGAACUCCUCACUCGACAGGUUGACCCUCCAUGGCCGCCAGGCCGCAAGGGUGCCGGUGCUCCCUGGGUAUCCCGCCGCGCUUUGUCGGGUGGGCAUAGUUCGGGAGGAGGGUGGCGGACGGCGCGAGUGCGCACGCGGCUGGCGGUCACACGCGGAUUUUUCCCUGAUCCCAAGCACAGAGCCCGGAGCCCCUUUCAUAACUGGUCAUGGGUUGCCAAUUGGUAGGGUUCAGCGUGCUGGGGAAUCUCAGUCUCGGGUCGAGCUGCUUACAGACUGGUGAGCCGGCGCAAAAGGGGGCAGGACGAGGGGGGCGGCUUCUUCUGAAGGCUGGGUGCUUCCAUGAAGGUGGGUGGCGUAUGGCUUCGGAGAGGCAGAGCCUUUCUUCGGAGCCCACUGCGCUGCCUCGUGAGAAGGCCCCCUCCUCGCCCUACCACCCUUCGCGAGCCGUCAAGUAGGUCCACCUGAGUAGCGCUGGCACCAGCUUGCUUGACGUAGACGACCUUCUGGGCCGAGUCGGCUCGAGCGGAGCCCGGCGCGCACCACAGGACCGAGCGGAACGCCGCAGCACCGACGAAAUCUGCCUGCGCCGCCACUUUGCGCCGUUUCCCGUCUUCUGUCCUUCGGCUUCCGUCCGUUUGCCGUCCUC